AUGAGACCGCUCACCGACGUCGAGACACAGACUCUCUUUACGAAGCUGGCCAACUACACCGGCCGCUCCUUGACCCAACUCAUCGCACCGAGCGACUCCUCCGCCGACAAAGACGACCGCUAUGUCUUCCGCCUGCACGAAUCGCGCGUCUACUACGUUCGAUUGGCUAUCGCAAAUCUAGCCACCUCCAUUGCCCGUGACAACUUGCUGUCACUCGGCACCUGCAUGGGCAAAUUCACCAAGACAGGGAAAUUCCGCCUCCACAUCACGGCCUUGGAUGUGAUUGCUCCGCACGCUCGAUACAAGCUGUGGGUGAAACCAAAUGGCGAAAUGCCAUUUUUGUAUGGCGGUAAUGUGGUGAAAGCGCAUGUCGGGCGGUGGAGUGAAGAUUGCCCCGAACAUUCGGGCGUCGUGAUCCUUGCGAUGGACGAUACACCGUUGGGCUUUGGCGUUACUGCGAGGAGCACGGCUGAAGCGAGGAAGCUGGAACCCACCAGUAUUGUGGCGUUUCGGCAGGGUGAUGUGGGCGAGUAUUUGAGAGAAGAGGAUACGCUGUUCACGACUUGA